AUGGCCGAAACAGCAGGCCUCGUGCUGAGCGGCAUAGCCAUCACGACGUUAUUUACCUCUUGCGUGGAGGUCCUGGAGUAUUUCGAAAAUGGACGAAAUUGGAUCUGCGAUCUUGGGCUUGCUCAGGCCAAAGUCAACCUCAUGAAGAUACGUCUGAGUCAACUAGAGGACAACCUGCACGAGAUUGCGGAUGGGCACGCCACGGACGAGGGCAAGGCGGGGUAUUUCGUGCCUGAAGUCUGGGAUUGGGGAUCACCUGGCCUCGGUUCAUGCGACGUAUCCGGUGAUGACUGGGAGGUGUCUGCUAUCUCCCGCGGUUUAUCAGGGAUUGGUGAGGUCCUACGAAGGACCAGUAAGCUGUGCCGUCGGUACAGCUAUUCUGACACCAGCAUUCGGGAGGCGGCCAAACACGGCCAGGCCUGGCACACCCACUCGCGCCCCCAGGAUACAGCACCAGCAGCACCCCAACCAACAUGUCGGCUGAAUCACAUCAAUCGCCGCCAAUCCGAAGGCACGAGCCGCCAAGUUCAGGCCAGGCAGAACAGGGUCCGACCCAGCGGCUGGGAGCUACUUAGCAAGAAAAUGUCCUGGGCCGUACAAGACAAAAAGCGGUUCGACGCCCUCAUCGAGGAUUUCGAUUUCCUCCUCUCCAAUCUGGAAAAAGUAGCCGUGUAA